AUGCUACAGUACACUUUUGCUCUCUUCCUUCUUCCGUAUGCCUUGGGCUGUACACCCAGAUCUGAUACCAAUGACUCCAGCAACCCUUUCGUUAUUGGUGAUGAUGGCCCUGCACCCACGGCGACACUUGGCUACUCUCUUACCCACUUUGGUCUUCUCACGACGAAUCUCACUGGGAUGAAGCACUUCUAUGGGGAUAUCUUGGGAAUGCGGCUUCUUUUUGAUGCCUAUCUUACACCUGAGUUUACCGUGACCUAUAUGGGGUAUGCACAAGGCGGACGAAAUGGCACCGGGUUCCAAACUGGAGCGGAAAUGUUUCGGGAUAAGAACAACCUAAACGGCCUCAUUGAGCUUAUCCAAUUCAAUGUCUCGGAAGACCACCUUAUAGCUACCACCAAGCGCUCCAAUACAUUUAGCCAUAUCGGCAUUAUCGUUCCAAAUGUUGAGAAGGCGCAGGAUUAUCUGGAAGAACAGGGAGUGAAAAUUCUCAAAAGGAUCACAGAGCCUAUCACUGGAUUUACGGGUCCAAUUCAGAAUGCACUUGGAGUUGGCGAAUUUGCUGGCGAGUUUAUCGCAGCCAAGAAGACUUUGCUGAAGGCCCAGACCCUUAUUGGCUGGGAGAUGUUCCUUCUGAUCGAGGAUCCUGACGGAAAUUUAGUGGAAAUUCAGCAGCAGGAGACUGCAGAUUUUGAUGAUUGA